UGUAGGUGUUUGAUGGACCGUGACCCGAAGGACUGGAAAUAUGACGUGGGAAUAUGGGCGGGUAAAAUGACCAAUUUCAUGUAUUUCCUCGAAUAAAAGUCAGAAAUAAAGGUUCAAUUUCCAUUUCUUUGAUUCAUUUUCAUUAAUUUGAUUCAUAAUGGAGGCGAAGGUUUCUCAGUUCUUCGAGUCCGUCACCAAUUUCUUCAGCGGUGGCGACCACAUCCCUUGGUCCACUCCUGACGUGAUUCUCGGCUGUGAGAGAGAAGUUGCAGAAGCUUCAAAAGAUAAUUCUGAUGAAAGGAAGAGUGAAAGCAUUAUGCGCUUAUCGUGGGCUCUUGUUCAUUCUAAACUACCAGAAGAUGUGCAACGGGGAAUGGCCAUGCUUGAAGCUUCACUAGCCAACGACAAUAGUCCAUUGCAAAAGAGAGAGAAGCUCUACCUGCUUGCUGUUGGAUAUUACAGAAGCGGUGAAUAUUCAAGGUGCCGGGAGCUCCUUGACCAAUGUUUGGAGAUUGCACCUGAUUGGAGACAAGCCAUGACCCUGAAGAAGACAGUUGAAGAUCGAAUAACUAAAGAUGGUGUAAUUGGAAUCGGCAUUACAGCAACUGCAGUCGGACUUAUAGCAGGCGGUAUAGCAGCAGCUUUGGCUCGAAAGAACUGAUCAUCUUAAUGUCGUCUUUAUUGAUGAUGAGCACGAUAUUUGUCCUGCCUCUGGUUUUGAGGUAGAAGGGUUGCCCUGCUGCUGCAUGUUAAUAAACUUUUCUAUGUUUUCCAGUGAUUGAAUUAUUUUGACUUGUUCAGUUGAAAGAUCGAUCUUACAGAAAUAAUAAAAUCAUCGUUAAUGUUUGGAAUUGUUUA